AUGAAGAGAAAGAAUGAUGAGAAGAAAACGGAGCUUGCUGGGCAGUCUGCCACUUGUAGCGGCCAACAGCACUCGAAGAAAAGGAACCAAAAAGAAGUUGCCACAUUUGGGAAUUACAGGAAUUAUUACGGAUACAGGGUUGGCCACGACCUGGAUGAAGAUCCUAGAUUGAAGAUGAUGAAAAGAGAAUGGUUUGAGGGGAAGGACUGCCUUGAUAUUGGCUGCAAUAGUGGUUUAAUCACUAUAGCCAUUGCAAAAAAGUUUGGUUGCCGGAGCAUUAUUGGUGUUGACAUUGAUGGAGCCCGGGUUGAGGAUGCAAACUGGACACUAAGGAAAGUGAUCAGGACAAGUACACAAAAGGUGAAUUCCAAGUCUGACCGAUCAGCAGAUGCCGAGUUGGCCAGCAGCUUGGGAAACAACAUAACUGAAUCACUGACUGAUGAAAAACGAGAUGACUCGUUGGAAACUGAUCUGCUUAAAAUAGUCUCUUUUCAGAAAGGCAAUUUCGUUCAGAGUUGGCGCCCACCAGAAAACAAAUGUUUUCAUGCAAUCUUUUGCUUAAGUGUAGCGAAAUGGAUACAUUUGAACUGGGGUGAUGAGGGACUGAUCACAUUAUUUUGGAGAGUGUGGAAACUUCUCGUUCCGGGUGGCAUUUUCAUUUUGGAACCCCAACCCUGGAGCUCGUACUAUAACAACCGUCUUGUGUCCGAGACUGCCGCCAGUAAUUACAAGAACAUUCAGUUUCCUCCCGAAGAUUUUCAGGACAUACUUUUAGAUAAGAUUGGAUUCCGGAGGGUUGAAAACAUAACACCUCGCGAAUUUGGCAAGAAACAGGGAUUUGACAGACCUAUUUUGGCUUUCUGGAAAUGA